UAUAUAGGAUUAAUGAGAAGAAGUCAAAAUAUCAACAUUUACAAGAGUUUGGAAGUUUAUUCCAACCUUCAAGGAUAAUUUUGAGGAGUUCAAGACUUCAAUGGAAGAAGUAACUGCAGAUGUGGUAGAAAUAGUUAGAGAAUUAGAAUUAGCCUGAAGAUAUGACUGAAUUGCUGCAAUUGUAUGAUAAAACUUUAGUGGAUGAAGAGUUGCUUCGAAUGGAUGAGCAGAGACCAUGGUUUCUGGGGAUGGAAUCUACUGGUAAAAAUGCUGUCAAGAAUGUUGAAAUGACAAAGGAUUUUAGAGUAUUAUAUAAACAUAGUUGAUAAAGUCAAGGCAGGGUUUGAGAGGAUUGACUCCAAUUUUGACAGUUCUUUGUGUAAAAUGCUACCCAGCAGCAUCGCAUAUCACAAAGAAAUUGUUCAUGAAAGGGUCAAUCCAUGUGGCAAACUUCAUUGUCUUAUUUUAAGAAAUUUCCACAGCCACCCCAACCUUUAGCAACCACUACCCUGAUCAGUCAGCAGCCAUCAAAAUCAAGGCAAGCAAAAAGAUUACUACUCACUGAAGGCUCAGAUGAUGAGCACAAAGUUAUCAUUGUUGGGCUGGAUAAUGCAGGGAAAACUACCAUCCUUUAUCAAUUUUCUAUGAAUGAAGUUGUACAUACAUCCCCUACAAUAGGAAGUAAUGUAGAAGAGAUAGUGAUUAAUAAUACACGAUUUCUAAUGUGGGAUAUUGGUGGCCAAGAAUCUCUUCGUUCUUCCUGGAACACUUACUAUACUAACACAGAGUUUGUAAUAGUUGUUGUGGACAGUACAGACAGAGAAAGGAUUUCUGUAACUAGAGAAGAACUCUAUAAGAUGUUAGCCCAUGAGGAUCUAAGGAAAGCUGGAUUGCUGAUUUUUGCUAAUAAACAAGAUGUUAAAGAAUGCAUGACUGUAGCAGAAAUCUCCCAGUUUUUGAAACUAACUUCUAUUAAAGAUCACCAGUGGCAUAUCCAGGCAUGCUGUGCUCUUACUGGCGAGGGAUUAUGCCAAGGACUGGAAUGGAUGAUGUCACGACUUAAACUUAGAUGAUCUCUACUGACUUCUUCUCAUAGACUUUAUAUAAACGAAGUGCUGGACUUUACCUGAAAGCUCCAAAAAUUAAUGGUUCGGAUAUAUUUAUAGUAAACUGAUUUAAACUUUUUCUAUAAGAAGAAAAAUUAAGACCACUUAUUUGAAAAUGAAGAUGAAGCCUCACCUUCCAAUUGCUUUCUCAUUAGUUUCUUCCAAAGCCAGGUCUUAAAGCUGUGAUUGACAUUUUUCUCCUAAUGAAUCCUCUCAAGACAUUGUGUAGCCUGUGGUAAGUACAAAAGGAGAGGAAGACAUUUUUUAAAACUUUAAGAGCUUUAUUAUCAGUAUAAUCCUCUUUUGUUGAAUGUUCUCUUUUUGUUCCAUUAAGUCAAAAUAUAAAUCAGCACAGAUAUUCAGUUUCUGGUAUUUUAAAAUGUAAUGUUACUUACGAAUAGUAUUUUGCAUUUGUGUAUGUAUUGUGUAUAUACCUCAACCUCAAGUUAAUGGCUUUGAUUUAUGUUCUAAAGAAAAGUGAAUAACAAAAAUUAAUAAUAUUCUUAAUUAUAACAAUAAUGAAAUGAAUACUGGCAUUGGUUUAAGUGCCAAUUUGUACUUUUCCCCUAUGCUCUCUGCAUUGUACUAAUCAACCCCCAAAAUCAUUGAGCUGCUCUUUAAAAAAAGAAAAAAAGUUUGACAUUGGAUACCUAUGUUUUGUUGUUGUUCAAAUCACAUACAUACAAACAUGUAAUCCAAUGAGUGGAAUAUCUAUCAAGUUCUUAGAAUUACUAAUGGGUACAAUUGCACAUUGAGCAGUUAUCUGAUUGUUCCCUUUAUGAGACCGUAUGCCAUCUAAAUUACUGAGUAAAUUGUUAAUCCAUUAAUCAAUUAUUAACUCUGAUUAAAAUUACCAACUGAUUUUCAGCAUUAAUGGAAAACUGUUGUGUGAAAUGUCUAUCCAGAUAAGUGUCACCUUAUAAAUAUUAUCAAAUAAUUUAGCUAGAUUCUUCUUAAGUAAUAAAUUAUUUGUCAAGCAUUUAAAGUGAAUUUGAAAUGAAAAGUAAAGCAUAUUUUCCAAGCAACAAAGAUAAUUUAUUAAUUUGAAUAUUUUUAAUUCUUAACUUUUGAAAUAGUUUGAGAUUUUUUAUCUGUGUUUUCUUUUAUCUUCUUAUAACACGUGAAUGUAUUGUUUGGCAAGUAUAAAAUACAAAUUUUUUUAGUGCUUUUAAGAAUUUGUUUUAAAAAUUGAUCAACAUAAUGCAUUAUUUUUUCUAAGAAAUAACUUGCCCCAAAACACCUUCUAUGUUCGUGUAGGUUUUUGUGUUUUUUUUUUCAAUAUCUGAAAAGUCACAGGUAUUUCUGUUGUAACUGUAAACACUUACCUAACUAAAUGUGUUCAGAUAUAUUCUUGAAUACGCAGUCCCUGAAAAUCUGAACAGUAAUCCAAGCUGGCAUGUUUUAGAAUAUUCAAGAAAAAAAUAAUUCCUUUUAAUACCAGCCUUUUAGAUUUUGUGAAGAUUUUGAUGAGGGAUAAACGUAUAUACUGUAAGCAUUGACAAAACUUUAAAAGUUCCUUUCUACAAAAUUAAAAUGCUCACUAUCUAAGUUCAACUCGGGCAUAGGAGAUGAUCAGUGUUUAAUGUUGGAUGUUUUGUGUUUUAUAUUUAUAAUGUUCAAAAUGCAAGUAUAAUAUUUUAUUAUUUGUCAACUUUUACAAAAGUAAAUUCUAAAUUACUAAGCUUUA